CAGGCGGAGGCGGACAGUGGCGUGGGCGACACCAGGUGGCAGCAGGUGACUUGACGACCACGCAGUCUGUGUCCUGUAGACCUGGAACUUUCUCGCGACUAUAAAUAGCGGCAACGCCAGAACAUUCAACUCAUACACCAAACAAUUCAUUGUCCGCAGCCAUGUUGGUGAAACUCGUGAUCGUCUGUCUGUCCUUCACCCUGGCAACUGCCAUCGUGUGCACCCAGGACAUGUGUGACGGCGUGCAGUGUGCGGCGGUGACAGAGGACAACUGUGACGGGAGGGUCGCCCGCAAUGGCGGCUUCUGUGGCUGUUGCGACCUGUGCGUCAGGCAGCUAAAGAAGGGCGACUCGUGCUUGGCGACCAUGUUGCUGGGGAUGCCGGCCACCGUGGAGUGCGGCUCUGGACUCGUGUGUAACACCGCUACUCGCACCUGUCAGGAGCUGCUACUCAGUAAACGGGCAGACCCGCAGACCUGCCAGGAGCGCGUGCAGCAGCUGCAGUCCGGCGUCCACCUUCUGGGUCAGUUCCUGCCCACGUGCGCCCAGGACGGCACCUACGCCGCGCGCCAGUGUCAGGGCUCCGUAUGUUUCUGUGUGGACCAGACUGGAGUCCGAAUCCCUGACUACUCCUCCGCCAUUGGACAGGCAGCCGACAUGAACUGCCAGUGUGCACGUGACCAGUACGCCUACCUACAGACGGGGCUCAUCGGCAAGAUGUUCUCGUGCGAGGACAACGGCAACUACCGGAAGUACGGGUGCACAGGCUCCGUGUGUUACUGCACCGACUCACUGGGCAAACAGUUGGCCGACUCGCCCACCGUCAACAUCGGCGACUUGGCCACCCUCAACUGCUAGGGGGCGCCACCUGCUGGGGUACAGGAAAACCACCCAAAGACAAAUACAAAAUAAAAAUAUUCUCUUUAAUAAUC